GGUGACGUCACUUCUGUCCCAGUAGAGUUGCCGUAGCGUUUCCGGUUUAGUUCCGUGUUCCUGCGUGUUGUAUUUCUAUGGCAAGGCGGUAAACAAAAAAAUCUAACGUUACAUUUUGUUUUCAAUUAUACAUUUAGCGUCUAACCAAUAUGGUGACUGCGGAUGAAGUUGCUCAGUUGUGCUACGAGAGCUUCGCCGCGCUUCCCCGCAGGGGGAAGCCUGAGCCCGGCCGAGAGUGGACGCUGCUGGCCGCUGUGGUCAAAAUCACCCAAAGUGAAAGUGCAAAUUCUCACUCAGUUGAAAAAGAAGUGCUGUCCCUUGGAACUGGGACCAAAUGCAUCGGAAAAACAACCAUGAGUCCGAAAGGAGACGUGCUCAAUGACAGCCACGCAGAAGUCAUCGCAAGAAGAGGGUGUGUCAGGUAUUUAAUUCAGGAGCUUCGCAGAGCUGUGAGCGGAAAAGGAAGUUCUGUGUUUUGUCAGGCAGAGCGUCAAGGGAAAUGGAGACUCCAGCCUGGAGUUUCCUUCGUCUUCUUCAGCAGCCACACACCGUGUGGCGACGCCUCCAUCAUUCCCAUGACUGACAGUCAGUCUCAACCGUGUACUUGUGUCACAUCCAUGAUGAAGGAUGGAGGAGCGUCUGAAGGAGGCUUGAAAAGAAAAAGUAAAACAUGUACUGCAUCGACAAAGAAGUUCUGUUUACAAGAACACCACACUGAGGAGACGAAACUCGAUCUUGAUGAAGACUCCAAACGAUGCUUUUCCUGGCGAGAUGGUGACAAAAGCGGACCAAUCCUUCAGGUCCCAGACAUUCACAGAACAGGGGCCAAGUGUGUGAAGGGUGGCCUGGCAGACCCUCUGCGACCCGGGAUAGGGUACCACAGCACAGGGCUACUGCGUGUGAAGCCCGGCCGAGGAGAGCCCACUCUGUCUCUGUCCUGCAGUGACAAGCUGGCUCGCUGGGCUGUGCUGGGCUUCCAGGGUGCUCUGCUAGCCCAUUACCUAGAGGGGGCGCUCUACUUCAACACCGUGGUGGUGGGAAUGUGCAACUAUAGCCACCAAUCCAUGCAAAGAGCUUUGUACACCAGGUGUCGUCAUGUAUCAGAUCUGGCUGCUGGUUUCUCAGCGUGUCGUCCAGUUUUUCUUCAGUCCAAAUUGGAGUUUCCCUUCAGCCAAGCCCAGACUGAGCUCCAACAUAAGGCGGGACAAGGACGCAUUACCCCCUGUGGAGCAGCUAUCAGCUGGUGUAAUGUGAGUGAUCAGCCACUGGACGUCACUGCCAGCGGCUACAAACAAGGAGUCACCAAGAAGGCUCUGGGCACAGUUCAUGCUCGGUCUGCUUUGUGCAAACUGGAGCUUUUCCAUUCCUUUCUGUCUUUGGUGUCUGACACUGAUGAUGCAGCACUUCCUGACUCUCUCAGGCGUAAAGAUCUGCACACAUACUUGGACUACAAGGAGGCCUCUGAAGCCUACCAACAAUCUUGGCGGCAGCUUCGCAAUCAAGUCUUCCCUCUUUGGCCCCGAGGUCCGGUGGCCAUGGAUGAAGUGCUGGCUGUCCAGAGCCGGGACCCCGGGUGGACCACUAGCCUGUGCAUCGGUUGGGGACAUCUCUGCGCUGCUGACCCGUCUCCGCUCGGGAUGGUUUCCUGUUGGCCCCGCUGUGGACUGGACUCCCGCUGAUGUGUUGGAUCCACUGUGGACUGGACUUUCACAAUGUUAUGUUAGACCCACUCGACAUCCGUUGCUUUCGGUCUCCCCUAGAGGGGGGGGGUUACCCACAUAUGCGGUCCUCUCCAAGGUUUCUCAUAGUCAUUCACCGACGUCCCACUGGGGUGAGUUUUUCCUUGCCCGUAUGUGGGCUCUGUACCGAGGAUGUCGUUGUGGCUUGUACAGCCCUUUGAGACACUUGUGAUUUAGGGCUAUAUAAAUAAACAUUGAUUGAUUGAUUGAAGGGGAAAACAGAAUGACUGAACACUCAAAAUACAAAAACUUACAGAAACAAAAAUGAACUCAACAAGCAGGACUGGAAGCAAGCUGAGUUGGUGCGGAGUAAUGUGUAGGAACAACAUGGAAAUAUUCUGCACCAACAGGUGCAUGAGAUGAGACUAAAUAGGCAAAGGGUGAUUGACAACUACUGUCCUCGUCACUCCAGCCUUCCCCUGGGAACCAUGGCAACUGAAAAAAACCUGAAAAGGCACAGGGGACACACAACACCAGCAGGAGGCACCAGAACACAGAUAUGUCAUUUUUCAAAAUAUAUGAAUGCAUUUUUUGGGCUUUUUAAAAUGAAAUAUAUGCAUCAUUGACAGUUAAGCAAAAUUAUAUGAUGUCAUAUUGACCACACUCCCUCUAGCCACGCCUCCACCGCCACAAGUAUAUUGGCAAUCUGGGGGAAACGGUAAUGGAGAUGGUAAGCAGCACCAAGUUCCUGGGGGUGCAGAUAACUGACAAUAUGACCUGGUCAUAAAAGCGCCGGCUCUUGUAAAAAGAGCUCAGCAGCGCAUGCAUUUUUUUGCGUCGGAUGAAAAGAGCACAGCUCCAUCCCCCCAUUCUCACCACAUUCUACAGAGGCACUAUAGAGAGCCUGCUGACCAACACCAUCUCUGUCUGGACUGGAGCCUGCAGUGCCUCAGAGCUCAGACAGGAAGUCUCUGCAGAGAGUGGUGAGGACGGCGGAAAAGAUCAUCAGGACUUCUCUUCCUCCUAUCCAGGAGAUCGCAAAAAGCCGCUACCUGACCAGGGCUCAGAAAAUCUGCAAAGACUCCUCCCACCCCCACCAAGGGCUGUUUUCACUGCUAGACUCUAGAAAGAGGUUCCGCAGCCUCUGUAGCAGAACCUCCAGGUUCUGUAACAGCUUCUUCCCUCAGGCAGUAAGAUUCUUGAACGCAUUAAAAUAAUCCCCUCAAUUCCCCCCAAAAAUGGAUUAACUCGCUGGAAUAUAAAGACAAUAUCACAAAAAUCCAUAAACGUGGAUGCAUAUGCAAAAGUGCAAUAUAUUUAUCUGUACAGUAAUAUAUUUAUUUAUAUCUGCACCUUAUUGCUCUUUUAUCCUGCACUACCAUGAGCUAAUGCAACGAAAUUUCGUUCUUAUCUGUACUGCAAAGUUCAAAUUUGAAUGACAUUAAAAUGAAGUCUAAGUCUAAGUCUAAACCCUGUAUUCUAUCGAGUGUAUUAUGUUGUAUGUAUAUA